AUGUGCGGCCGAGUGCGGUCCACGCUCGGAGCGGACCAAGUCGCGGCUGCGUCCGGCGGCGCCGCGUGGAAAAACCCCGACCAGUACGAGCCUCGAUACAACGCCUCGCCCGGUGCGUCCCUCGCCGUGAUACGACGAGCCGAGUCAGGGGAGUCGACCAGCGAUCGGGUCGUGGAGACGAUGAGGUUCGGCCUCGUUCCGUCGUUCACGGACCCCGGGGCCAAGGUGGACUUCUACAGGAUGUUCAACGCGAGGAGCGAGACGAUCGCGGAGAAGGGCGUGUUCAGCCGCUUGCUCCAGCGAAGGCGGGGCGUGGUGCUGAUCAACGGGUUCUACGAGUGGGCCGCGGAACGGGCCGGGUCAUCGCAGGUGAAGCAGCCGUACUACCUACACCUGGAAGGGAAAGGAGGCGGGUCCGAGGGCGACGUGCUGCGCUGCGCGGCGCUCUACGACCGAUGGAAGGGCGCCGCCGGCGGGGAGCUCGUCACGGUGACCAUAAUCACCGUCGAGGCGUCCGAGCCCCUGCGAUGGCUGCACGACAGGAUGCCCGCCGUCCUUCGCACCGACGCGGAUGUCGCCGUGUGGCUCGAGGGAUCCGACGACCGACCGUCGAGCGCCCUGAGGCCGUACGGCGAGGCGGACAUGAAGUGGUACCCGGUGACGACCAGGAUAAACAGAGGGGACUUCGAGGAUCCGUCGUGCUGCGAGCGGACGAGGAGGGCGGCGGAGAAGGACACGGGAAGCGUCGCAAAAAACGGCCGGGUGAGACGCCACCCGCGGUGA